AUGAGAGCACUAAGUCAGAGACGCCCCAAAAAAAGCCAGGUCGUCGUGUUGUGUUCAUAUUUUCCCUGCAUUGUCAAACAGGAGAGAGUGAGAUACCUACAAAGAAAGAGGAGUCUAAUAAGGAUACUGACUGUUACUGACAUUUAUUUGCUACAUGGAUAUACCCAAACCCCAGGCAUGGGGGAAUAUCUGUGUGUAGGGGAUUACAUUUGCCUCUACUGUGAGGAAACUGAGGGAUAUGUGUAUAGCGUCCAGUCAAGCUCAACAGAAAAUGGAGUUUACAUCUUCAACCAGCAGUCUCGCUCAAAUCCCUCAAAUAUACCUACGCAAAGUGCUGUAAUCUUCCAAAUAUGUAUCCAGAACCGUUACAAACUGAACAAGAAACACCGGAAUUGGCUUUCGAAAAACGAGGCCGAAAGUGCAUUACCGGAAGUGCUCAAACAGGCGAGAGACGCUGCCGAGGCGGAAGACCACGACAAUGCUGCCGAACAAAAACGCCAACACGGGAAGACAGUACGAUAUGGAGAAAUUGUCCAGUUGAAACACAUGUUCUCUGGGAAAUAUGUUCACACGUGUACAACGCAAACGAGCCAACGUGACAAAAACAACAUGAUGAUUUCACUCCAUGAAUUCAAUGCAAAAAAUGCACAAUUUAAAAUCUUGCCGCGGUAUAAAGUAAAAUCUGAAGGAGAAGUGGUUCAGCUUCACGAUCAAAUAGUGUUUGAAAGUAUCAAGUCACCGGGGCACUAUUUCCAUGCGAGUAACAAAUUUCAGAUUGAUUACUACACAGAAGGAUCUGAGCUAAACCUUGGAGUGGAACGAUCGAGCUUUACACUGAUUGGAAGUCAUAGAAUAAAUCCUGACCAAAGCAAAUUUGUUCGGGGAGGUUCUGUGAUUCGACUGUUUCAUAAAGAGUUGGAAGCUUACUUGGUUGCCGAAGGUCUGUUCGAGGAAAGCAUAACAGAAGAUGUCCACUUCAGAGUGCGGAUAAUGGAUCAACAUCGUCCGAAAACAAUGUCUCCGUCCUCUUCGGGAAUCACUUACUGGGAAAUAGAAGCUGAAUCCAGUAUACUUGAUGGUGACAUCAUUCACUGGGAACAACAAAUUCGGCUUCGACACUUAACCACCAGACAAUAUUUGUGCAUCAACAACAAAUGUGAAGUAUGUCUUACUCCCGAACAAACUGACCCCCGAACAGUGUUUCGUCUUCAUUCCGUAUUAAAGGAGAGAGACCAAAUUCAAUAUGAAAGUUAUGCAAGGAUCGAACACAUGCUCAGCGGCUGCUGGCUCCACGCACUCAAAGAUGAAGACUAUGAAAGACAUUCGUCCAGAGACACAGAUGAACAGUCGAUGAGCAGUCUCAGGUGGGACGGUGCUGCCACUCGAAAGAUCUCGGCAACUAAUGAAAGUCUUUAUGAUGACGCCUACACGUUGCAAUAUGUACAUCAAGAUGAUGUACACAAUUUCAACUUCGUGGCUGGAAUGGUCCCUAUGUUAUUCAAUCUUAUCAAAGCUAAAAAUCACGGUCACCAUCUCAACGCUCGCAAAACCCAUGGCAUCAUUGAAGGGAUAAAAGAAUUAAAGACAUUUAUGCUUCCAGAUGGUGAACCUAACAAAGACAGACAAAAAUUGAUGCGAAACCUCCGAGUGAUAGAUCUCUUUGUGAAUAUCCUUCAGUUCCCGCUGACCGACAACGAAGAAGCACCUCUUCUGAUUCGCAUAUUCAAAGAGUGCUAUGAUGUCCUGCACGCCUAUAUGAUCGGCAGGAGCCGAAAGAAUGCCCUGUACUUUGCUAAGUACAUCGACUUCUUCCAAACACAGUUCUCACAGAAAGGAGGAAUUGGCUUAAAUGUUGCUCAAAUGAUCGUAGAAUUAAUCCGGGAUAACAGAAAGAUUGUGGACCGAAUUGGACAUUCCAACAUCGACAAGUUCAUCACCUUGCUUUUAGAGAACCCCAAUUACCGGUUUCUCGAUUUGCUGCAAGUCCUGUGCGUGUGCGCUGAUGUCGCCAUUCCCAAUAAUCAAAGUUACAUUGUACAAAACUGGCUCCGAACAUAUAAGGACAGCAUCUACCUUUUGGAUAGAGGACAAAAUAUCAACAAAAGGCCGAACAUUGUUUACAUCUCGAUCGAUGGAGGAAACAAUUGGAUCCCUUUACAUUCAUUUGUUGAUUCUGAAAGUCCGAUUUAUAUCGAGGAGAAAUACAUGUUUUUAAUGCACCAAUUGGAUCUGUUUAAAGCCCUCAGCUAUGGCCGAAACGAUUUUGCCAUUCAUGUUAUCACACGGGAAUAUGGCUACCUUUCUUGGGAAGACUGUUUUCUUUGCCUGCAGUCGGAGUUACUACCCCAUUCAAUACGGGCAAAAUUCUGCGAAUUAGUCAUCUGUUUGUUUAUUGAUGUUAGCAACAACUGUUCAGUUCUUGACCAUCCAAACAUCUGCUUUGUGUACGAAUAUGUCGGAUCAAAAGAUUCAGAUAGGGAACAAAGCCAAUAUGUGGUCAAGGAUUUAGUGACCAUUUUUCCAGUAUUACGAGAUUGGUUGGCCAAUUUUCUCGGUCAGAAUUGUGUUAUGAUAGCUUCAUUGGUGGGACACAACCUCCUUAUUGAACAGGUAUUGCGACUCCUUCAACACCUCGUGAAAUUUGGUUACUACAUGGAUACCGAUGACAUCAAGCAGUUAAUGGGGCCACUGUUGACCCUUUUGGAUGGGCGACGGGACGUACCAUUUCCAGAAGACACGGUAAAAAAGAAGAAAGGUUACACGAAAGAGGCUCAAAAAGCAAUACAAUUAUAUCGAAACGAAGGCCGUUUUGAGCGCUCACCUGAAACCGAGGCUAUUGUCAACGCCAAAUUUCAAGCCAUGGAGGUGUUGGAUUUGCUGUUUGCAUACCAGAGAAAUAUCCGUCUAAAAGCCUUUGUGACAAAAUUCAAACUUGCCGAAACUCAGGCAGGGAAGAGAAAGAAGGAAUCCAUCAUGGAACAAUUACUAUACGAAACUUACGAUCCCCAGGAUAAAUCUACAAAAGCAUGCAAAAAACAAAAAGAAAUCACAAAAGAACUUCGUGAAAUGUUUCACCAGUCUGCAAUAUUUGACAUUGAAACAACAACAGUUAUUUUAAUGGAUUUGACCAACUACAAAUAUGACAAGAUGGUGAUAAAAUCGUUGGAUAUCAUGAACAAAAUGUAUUCGUCGCAAAGUGAUAUGUUCAAAUUCUCUUUAAAAACGCAGGUUUUGUUGACAAAUGACUCAGCCCGUGUCCAUCGCGAAGUACAAAGAAGUCUCCCAACUCUCCGUCGAAUGUCCAAAGCGAAACUCAGCGAACAACAAGUUGAGAUCAUGUGUCAAAUACUUGAUGAGUUAGCCGAGUUUUGCCAUUUACCCAAGACACCCGAAGAACCACACCACAUGAACCAGAAUAUAAUGAUUAGUCAUGGUAUCCUUAAUAUAGUAUUAGACAUCUUGUCUCAGGAAAUAGACUCAAAAUUGCAGGAUCAGUACAAAGACGUGAAAACAAUCUUGCAAAAGACACUGUUUUUAUUGAGACUGCUGCUUAGAGAAAAUAAUAAAGUUCAAAGUAUCAUAUUUGAGAAACUUGAUACUUUGCUUGAUGUGAAAGGCGUUGAAUCUGAUUUAGCCUUGGCAUUAAAAGAGGUAUUUGUUGCAAAUCAAGUCACUUGUUUGAAGGUGUACUCAAGGCAGAUCCAAAAGAUAGUGCUGCUCGCCGCUGAGCACCAGGAAAAGGCGCCAGAAUUUCUUGAUCUUUUGAAGGUUUUGGUCAAAGUCCAUGGGCUGGACUUAACAUUGAAACGAAACCAAACCCUUGUUAUGAAAUAUAUAAUGCAAAAUUUCAAGAAAGCUGCUUAUGUGCUGGACCAAUCGAAAGAAAUGAAGGAGCGUAUUUUAACCAACCAAACGGAUCGAGGUCAACUGACAUAUUUAGUUUGUCUCGUUGACUUACUUGCAACAUGUGCUGAGGGAGAAAAUAAAUUUAUAGAUUCGUUGUGUCAAACUAUCCUUCCUAUCGAGGAGCUGAUAUGGAUCCUGAACAACCGAGAUAUUUACAGUAAUGUGAAAACACCUUUUCUAAAGUUUCUCUUCGGUGUCUACGUAAGCCUUGGUGAAGAUGGUGCUGAGACAAUGAGUUCUGAUUUACAGCAUGACAAAAAUGUGUGGGAAUUUAUUGCCAAUGCUGUCAAUGAUAUCAACAAUCUGACUGAUGCUGUGAAUCGUCACUUGGACAGGGCCGCUGACCUACUCAAGUCACCACCUCCAUUAAGUGCCAUUGCUGAUGGCCAAGACACCAGAGCAUCUGUGCAUGGAAACCUUUAUUAUUUCCUUGAAGGAGUUUUGCCUUUUUUCCAAAUCUUCUUCACUGGCUACUACACAGUAGACAAAACUCUCUAUCCGUAUGAAAUAACGCACACGGAUAAUGUCGCCAAUGGUCUCUUGGCUUUUUGUGAUGUCGUUGGACCAAUGCUAGUUAAUCCUACACACAUGAAAACGAUGGUGUCAUGCUUGAGUGCCGUCGUUAGUGCUUCCAAUGUUUCAAAGACACUUCUCAUCGGAGUGUUGGAGAAAUUUACAACAGAGAUCAAAUUUGAUGGAAUCAAAUGUGCUGUGAGAAAGGGUAAUAUGGAAUACUAUGCUGCAGAAAUUGAAUUGAAUGCCAAAUUCCACACGUUUGCGAAGCACUGUAGCACUGUGUAUUGCGGCCAUAACACUGUUGCUGCCCAACUUAAAUACAAGAGCAAAAACGAAUAUACGGUCCUCGGAAGUCAUGAGGAAUUGCCUCUUGGUGAAGAGUUCCAGAAUUUUGUCCGCUGUUUUAUCGUUCCCGGAGAAAAAAAUAUGACGGCACGCUAUGCACCUAGCAAGAAACUCGUAGAUCUCUUGGCCAUUUCAGGAAAACUACAGAAUCAGUCCUCAGCCCUUACGACGUACAAGCCGAGUGAAGAUCUCGAUAUAAAAUGUUUGCAAAUCCUGCGAGCUCUGGUGGUCAAUGAAGAACGAAAACUACCCGAAAAUUGGGAAACUCGAAGCAGUUCACCCAAAAUAAAAAAGUUGACAGACAAUAUUCGAGAGACUCAGAAUGCCAUCAACUCUCACAGUGCCAUUAUCACUGCUCUGCCACUCACAGCCCGCAGGAACGAAGCUGUAACCAAAGAAGUGUUGGCCUUCAUAGUCAUCAUGUUAUUUAAUGCUAAUCGUAGCGUUCAAAAAUCCAUGUAUGAUUACUUUAUAUCAACACGUGAAGAAGUUUUCUUUAUGGCUUGUCGUUAUUGGAUGCAGGCCUCAACGAAUUCCAUCAAGGAGAAACGUUACCUGAUGACACAGCAACAGGCCCGUCUGAAAGAAAGUGGAAAUACUUUGAAUAAUCCCUCUGCAUUUUACACAGUCGGCCGGAAAGCGAUGCAGCAAAUUCAGGGAUAUGAACAGAAACUUCGCCGAGAUAAAUUCAAUGGAUGGGUAUGCUUUCCUUUUUUAUUACUUUUUUCUAUUAACAAAUGUUUGUUACUCUUUGGUUGCAGUACUCAUCAUCAAUAA